AUGAGCAACCAAUCCCUUCCGACUACGUCCAGGCUGCGCAUAGGCGAUCUCGAGAAGUUUUUAGGCUUCAAGUGGGAGCGAACUAUAUCUCGAGCCAAAGACCGUCAGAAGUAUCCCGUCAUCAAGGACUUGAACGAUGAGCUGAAGUCGGUCACUGAACACUAUUCAACCUUGACUCGGGCGGAGCUACUCAACUGCACUGAGUUUGUCGAAAAGUCGAACGCUAUCUUCGACGCUAUUGGUCCGAGGCUGUGGCCAGACGAAGGACGCAGUGAUCUGGUGCGAAGCCAGUGGCUUGCCACAGCUGCUGUCGAUAAUUUAGGCGGCCAAUAUCCUGAAGACCUGUACUUUGCUCACCCAGACCACAACCAAAGGUAA